AUGCUGAUCGAAGUAUGCGUUCACAUACAGAGUUUCGCUAUCCGCCGUCCAGCAACGAAUCUCGACCCUCCUUUCCAUGUCGGAUGCCAAAAUCCAGUCAUGAACGUAGCACCGCGGGCGAACGCCACACUGGUCAUGCUUGCACGCAACUCUGACGUGUCUGGCGCUGUUCAUAGUGUAAAGAGUGUGCAGACGCAGUUCAACGAUCACUUCAGAUACCCUUGGGUCUUCUUGAACGACGAGAAGUGGAGCGCGGAGUUCAUGGAGAAGGUUGGCAAGGCAGCUGGAGAAGGUGUGAAUGUAAAGUUCGAAAAGAUACCGCGAGCAAUGUGGGGGUAUCCGGAGUGGAUAGACCAAGAUAAGGCGCGGCGGAAAAUGGAGGAGAUGGAGAGAAGAGGGAUCAUGUAUGCGGGCCAGGAGAGCUACCAUCAUAUGUGCCGAUUUCAAAGCGGCUUCUUCUACGACCAUCCUGCCCUGGAAUCAUACAAAUGGUACUGGCGCGUCGAGCCAGACAUAUCCUUCACCUGCGCCAUAACCUACGACCCGUUCAUCGAGAUGGAGAAGCACGGCAAGAAGUACGGCUACACAAUCGCACUCUGGGAGCGCGGCACAACCGUCGCCUCGCUCUUCCGCAAACUCUCAGACUACAAGGCGCGCGUGCACAUACCCUCGACAUCCCUCUGGACCGCCAUGAUAGACCCUUCCUAUCUCCCCUGGCCGUUCCGCCGCUUCCUUUCCUUACUGCGCAAUCGAGACGCAUACGGCGAUAUUUGGAAUAUGUGCCAUUUCUGGUCGAACUUUGAGAUCGCGGAUAUGGAUUUCUUUCGCUCGCCCGCAUAUCGCUCGCUCUUUAGGUAUCUAGAUGAAGAUGGGGGAUUCUACUAUGAGCGCUGGGGCGAUGCUCCUGUACACAGUUUGGCUGCUGCGUUGCUGUUGAGGCCCGAGGAAUUGCACCAUUUCUCGGACUUUGGGUAUAUACAUGCUAAUUUGCAGUACUGCACGCAUGCCCCUACUGAUGAGGCUAGGAGGAGAGGAGAGCUUGUGCCCAUGUUGGAGGGACGGGGGGAGGAGUUGGGGUGUAGAUGUACGUGUGAUCUUGGGAUUAAGAUAGUAGAGCCGGUGUGCUUGAAUCGAAUAAAACAAACUGUUGGAUAG